AUGGAAGCGGUGGCGGAGGGGUUGUGGGCGCUGGCUGACUACCACGAGCAGAAACGGGAUAUAGGGAAGGCUGUAAAAUGCUUGGAAGCCAUUUGCCAAAGCCCAGUCUCGUUCCUCCCUAUUGUCGACAUCAAAACUCGGCUACGCAUCGCCACUCUGCUUCUCAAGCACUCCCAUAAUGUUAAUCAGGCUAAAACCCACCUCGAACGUUCUCAAGUUCUCUUGAAGUCUAUUCCUUCAUGCUUUGAGCUGAAGUGCAGAGCAUAUAGCCUGUUGAGCCAGUGCUACCAUCUCGUAGGCGCCAUUCAUUCUCAAAAACAGAUACUGAACAAGGGUUUAGAACUUUCUGCAAUUUCUGGAGAUGGGUUUGCAGGAAGGUUAUGGUCUUGCAACUUCAUUUCUCAGCUUGCGAAUGCUCUAAUAAUUGAGGGAGACUAUCAGGGAUCAAUUUCCACUUUGCAACAAGGACUAAAUUGUGCAUUGGAGAUGUGUUAUCCAGAGCUACAGAUGUUCUUUGCUACUUCAAUCUUGCACGUGCGUGUUGUACAGUGGGAUAGCACAAGUUUGGUAGAGGAAUCUGUUAAUAGAUGCCAUGUGAUAUGGGAAUCUAUUGAGCAAGAUAAAAAACAACAGUGCGUUGGUUUAUUAUUUUAUCAUGAGCUGCUGAAAUUGUUCUAUUUACUCCGGAUAUGUGAUUACAAGAAUGCUGCUCAACAUGUUGACAAAUUGGAUGUUGUUAUAAAGUCUGACUUGGUACGGAUGCAACAUAUGCGAGAACUCACCAAAGAGCUUGAUGCACUAAAUCACAGUCUCUCCCACUCUGAUUUGAACUACAGAGACAAAUCUGCUCUUACUGAAAAACAAGCCCAGCUUGAAGAACGACUUGGUAAUUAUAGUGGGAUGAGUCUAACUGGGAAAAUGCCUUUGGAACCUGCAUAUUUUGGAAAUGUUAAACGAGCAUGGGCUGAUAAACUCGAGCUGGCUCCCCCUCCCAUUGAUGGGGAAUGGCUACCAAAAAGUGCAGUCUAUGCAUUGGUAGAUCUUAUGGUGGUUGUUUUUAGCCGCCCAAAGGGACUUUUUAAGGAGUGUGGAAAGAGGGUUCAAUCUGGAAUGCAAAUUAUCCAAGAGGAACUGGUGCAACUUGGGAUUACUGAUGGCAUUAAAGAAGUAGAACUGCAACACUCUGCAAUAUGGAUGGCUGGGGUCUAUUUGGUGCUUCUAAUGCAGUUCCUUGAAAACAAAGUAACUAUCGAUCUUACGCGAACUGAAUUUGUUGAGGCACAAGAGGCUUUGAUGCAGAUGAGAAAUUGGUUUAUUCGCUUCCCAACAAUCUUACAGGCCUCUGAGAGUAUCAUUGAGAUGCUACAAGGGCAGUAUGCUCAUUCUGUUGGCUGCUAUAGUGAAGCUACUUAUCAUUUCCUCGAAGCUUCGAAGUUAACAGAAAGCAAAUCAAUGCAAGCCAUGUUCCACAUUUAUGCAGCAAUCUCUUACAUCUGCAUUGGAGAUGCUGAAUCCUCGGCAAAGGCUGUUGACUUGAUUGGACCAGUUUUGGGAGUCAUUGAUUCUUUUGUUGGAGUGCGAGAGAAAACCAGUGCCCUUUUCGCUUAUGGCUUUCUACUGAUGAGGCAGCAGAAUCUACAAGAAGCCAGAGUACGACUAGCAUCUGGUUUGCAAACUACACAUACCUUUUUGGGGAAUCUUCAACUUGUUUCGCAGUAUUUAACCGUGCUAGGAAAUUUGGCACUUGCACUACAUGACACAGGUCAAGCUAGAGAGAUCUUGAGAUCCGCCUUAACAUUGGCGAAAAAACUAUACGAUAUCCCAACUCAAACCUGGGUUCUAUCCAAUUUGACAGCUUUGUACCAGCAAUCUGGCGAGAAAGUGCAUGAACAAGAAAAUCUCGAGUAUCAAAGGAGGAAAGUUGAGGAUCUACAGCAAAGACUCUCCAUUGCAUGUUCAUCCAUUCAUCAUAAUGAACUGAUUGAGAAAGUAAAACUUCAAGUUCACCAACCGAGUGAAAUCGACAUCAAGCGAGCAGUUGCAGGCCCUCCUCGGAGUGUAAAUCUCGACAUCCCUGAGUCGAUCGGUCUGUCAGCUCCAUCACCCUUGCCAUCAUCAGCAAGGCUUAUGGAUUUGGACAUUGGGAGGCUUGGGAAGAGGAAGAUAUAG